GUGCGCGCGCGCGCGUGUGUGUGUGUGUGUGUGUGUGUGUGUGUGUGUCUCAGUGUUCGGUUAUCUCACUAAUCCGAGCUUCAUGCUCUCCAGAAGCACAGCAGCACGCGCUCAGAGGAACACUGAAACCUCCUCGCGCUCCAAGAGAACCUCGUCUCCAGCGGCUCCAUGCAGGAAGAAACCAUGAGCAGCACGAACCCCGGGCUGGUUUACCUUAUGACAGGAGGAUGUGGAUUUCUGGGGCAGCACCUGCUGAACGUUCUGCUGGAGAAAGAGCAGAAUGUGAAGGAGAUCCGGCUCUUCGAUAAGAACAUCGACUCCAGCCUGGAGGACCUCAGCACAGGGCGGGUGAAGGUGGUGGUCACUCAGGGUGAUAUUGCAGUUUACAGUGAUGUUUUGGAGGCGUGCCGUGGAGCUGAUCUGGUCAUUCACUCAGCCAGUCUGGUGGAUGUGUGGUAUAAAUUUCCGGAGAAAACCAUCCACACCGUCAACGUAGGAGGGACAGAAAACGUGAUUAAUGCGUGUAAGGAGCUCGGGAUUCAGCACCUGCUCUACACCAGCAGUAUGGAGGUGAUCGGACCCAACGUGAGGGGAGACACCUUCAUCAGGGGAAACGAGGACACGCCGUAUAACGUGUGUCACGAAAUGCCAUAUCCCAAGAGUAAAGCUGAGGCAGAGAAACUGGUGCUGGAAGCCAAUGGCACCAAGGUUGCAGGCGGUGCGUCUCUGUACACGUGUGCGCUGCGUCCCACAGGGAUUUACGGUGAAAACCACCAGCUGAUGAAGGAUUUCUACAUGAUGGGUGUUCGCACGGGCGGCUGGCUCAUUAAAGGAGUUCCGCGAGACACCGAGCACGGACGUGUUUACGCAGGAAACGUAGCGUGGAUGCACACGUUGGCAGCGCAGGCUUUACGCGAGCAUCCCGAGCGACUCGGGGGUGAAGCGUACUUCUGCUACGACGAUUCUCCCUACAAGAGCUACGAGGAAUUCAACAUGCAGUUCCUGUCUGCGUUUAACUUCCGCUCGCUGCGCAUGCCGCUCUGUGUGCUCUGGAUGCUGGCGUGCUUAAACGAGCUGCUGCACUGGCUGCUGAAGCCCGUGCGCGACUUCACGCCGCUGCUGAACCGCUACACGCUGGCCGUCGCCACCACCUCCUUCACCGUGCGCACGGACAAGGCGCUGCGCCACUUCAACUACCGCCCGCUGUACGACUGGCAGCAGUGCCAAGCUCGCACGCAGAAGUGGGUGGACACGUUCCCUCUGAAAACCAGAGGCAAGGACGCAUGAGGACGGGGAACAUCAGGAGACACGAAGACAGACUGAGAUCAUCAUCAUCAUCAUCAUCAUUCUAUACAUACACACACAUAAUACACAGUGGACACAAAUGCCAGGGACUAAUGAAACAGGAAGGGAGUAGUGUCUUAGAGUCUUAGUGUCUUAGUGUCUUAGUGUCUUCGUUCUGUUUCCCGUUUAUAAUAUUAACAAUAUAAUUAUCUUCCUCCUUCCAAAGGAUUUGUAAUUGUGUGGACACGCCCAUUUUUAAUCAUCAGGAACAUAAACAGUGUGCGUGUGUGUGUGUGUGUGGGUGUGGGUGUGUGUGUGAGGGGGGUGUCAAGAUUUUUAAGAGAAUCACUGGACUAAUCAGUCAUUAUUAUUUAAAAACGAAUCAAACUCUUUCAGACAGGUUUAUUACUCUAACCAGGUGGAUGUUUUAACCGUGACGCACUGCUGCUUAGUGCGUUUAUUUAAUCAUAAAAUCCACAGUCUACACGUUAUCCUUAUAUUCCAUAGCCAGAGACACGUGAGGCCAAAGAAACAUACAGAAAGAGGAUGGAGAGGACGUUAAAGUCGUGGACUUGUGAAGGAAGUUAGUUUUGACCCGUUUGUCUGUAAAAGACGUGUUGCAGUACGUUUUCCCACAGUGUUGUCGAGUUCUGGAUUCUGAUUGGUCAGAAGGUGCUGAUCGUUGUCCUAUAACGGCGUGCUGCGUUAGGUUUUAUUCCGUACUUAAUAAUAAAAAAAAAUGGGUGGACACAUUCCCCUGAGCAACACCUAAAUCUAAAGAAAAAAAAAAUCUCACCAGGGCAACAAGGAAGCUAUUUUUGUAAACUGAAUUUAUUACUAUUCAUUUUUUUAUUGCUAAUAUAGAGAAGCCUCUCAGAGUGACUCGUUAUUAACAGGUGAUUUUAGAGAACUCAGAUGUUUCAAUUUACACUCCAAGCAUCAUUUUACUUUUGCUAAUGUUUCUUUGACCUACUCACGUGUUAGCAUUAAUCCGUGUGUUUAUAAUAGACAUUAACCCUAUAGGUUCUGUAUCUGAGACGGCAUUUACACUUUUCACAUAUUUAACACAAGAAAGACAAAAACUCUUCCUACCUCUUUCUCUCCAUCUGCCUAAUUAAAUCACUUCACUUCUAAUAAUUUGAUUUGAAAUUCUUCUUUUUUUUGUCAUUUGUUUGACGUGGCAAAAAAAAAUGCUCAAGAUAGUUUAAAUCAUUAAAAAUAUAUAUAUAUGUAUUUAUUACUCUUACUUAUCUGUAAUUAAAUCUAUAUGAUUACAUGAAUAUUUAUUUGCAUAAUGAAAAAUGUAUUUUGAAUGUCAUUAAAGUGCAAUAAACA